AUGUUGGCCAAACUAAUCUGCGCUCGCCAUAAACCCCGACAGCAGACAAUAAUCCCAUUUGACUUUGUGCCUAUCAUAUUUGAAGAGACUCCAGUGGGUGAUGUACGUAUGUUGGGAGGAAAGUUGGGUCAUGCCAUACAGGGAAGACUACCUGUUCGGACAAUGGGUGACCUCGCUGUAGUUCCUUUUGAACUUAUUGAGAAGCACUUUGGAGGUUCAGCACAGUGGAUAAGCCAGUUGGCGAAAGGAUAUGACGAUGAGCCGGUGAAACCGCGUAACAAUCAACUAUCUAUUGCCGUUAGUAAGAACUUUUUAGGAAAGAAUGCGCUUCUCACUGUUGCUGAGGUGCGACGGAAAAUUAAUAAUUGUGGUUUUUUCUCCUUAGCCGGUAUGAACAAGUGA